GCACAAUUGUCUGUGACAAAAGCAAGAUCUUGGCUGGCAAUAGAAAUCACCCGCCGGGGGGGAGAUGAAAAUUGAAAAGAGCUUUGGCGCCAAAAAAGCCACCUUCAGAAAAGAAAUAAACCUCCCGCUCGGCUCGCUGUUUUAUCACACUUCUUCAUCUCUCUCUACAAGCCAUUCCAUCAACCUCCCAGAGAGAAGAGAUUGAGAGAGCGAGAGUGAGUGAGUUGAGAAUGGAGAAAUCCGUGAGCCCAGAUGCGAUCUCCAUAUUGCUUGCCAACCCAUCUCCGGAUUCGUCGUCCGAAGUCUCGGAGAUCAUCGUCCAAGUUCUCGAUCUCAAGACUGCGGGAACCAAAUACAUGUUCACAGCUAGUGACGGAAAGAUGAAGCUGAAAGCACUUCUACAAUCUAGCUUGUCAUCUGAAGUCAUGUCGGGGAACAUUCAGAACUUGGGCCUCAUCCACAUUCUUGAUUAUGCAGUCAAUGACAUUCCAACAAAGAACGAGAAGUUUUUGAUUGUAAUCAAAUGUGAAGUGGUAUCCCCCGCUCUUCAAGCAGAGAUCAAGACUGAGGUGAGAAGUGAAGAUUGUGGCAUUGUUCUGAAACCGAAACAAGAAAUGGAUGUCAAAAGAGAGGUGAAAAUUGAAGAAACUGGCGUCCUUUUGAAGCCAAAGCAGGAAUUGGUUGCCAAAUCAGUGGCUCAGAUAGUACACGAACAGAACGGGAAUGCGGCACCAGCUGCAAGAAUGGCAAUGACAAGAAGAGUCCAUCCACUUGUGUCUCUGAAUCCUUACCAAGGUAACUGGACCAUAAAGGUACGGGUUACAAACAAAGGAAAUAUGCGGACAUAUAAGAAUGCUAGAGGAGAAGGCUGUGUUUUCAAUGUAGAGUUGACAGAUGAAGAUGGAACACAAAUUCAGGCAACAAUGUUCAAUGACGCUGCAAAAAAGUUCUAUGAGAGGUUCCAAUUGGGGAAAGUUUACUACAUAUCUAAGGGAACUCUGAAAGUUGCUAAUAAGCAGUUCAAGACAGUUCAGAAUGACUAUGAGAUGACAUUAAAUGAAAAUUCUGACGUGGAAGAAGCCAGUAAUGAAGAAACUUUUAUUCCUGAAACAAAAUUUAAUUUUGUUCCAAUUGAUCAAUUGGGUCCAUAUGUCAAUUCGAAGGAGCUUGUAGAUGUUAUUGGUGUGGUACAAAAUGUAUCUCCUACACUGAGCAUUAGAAGGAAAAGUAACAACGAGACUAUUCCAAAACGUGACAUAACCAUUGCAGAUGAGACGAAGAAGACUGUUGUGGUGUCUCUGUGGAAUGAUCUUGCAACAAAUGUAGGACAAGAACUACUGGAUAUGUAUGAUAGAUCUCCUGUAGUUGCAAUUAAGUCCCUAAAAGUCGGAGACUUCCAAGGUGUAUCCUUGUCAGCAUUGAGCAAGAGCCUUGUAGCAAUAAAUCCAGACAGACCUGAAGCCAGAAAGUUGAGAUCCUGGUAUGAUUCUGAAGGUAGAGAGACUUCAAUGGCUUCUGUUGGCUCUGGGCUAAGCCCCACAACCAACAGCGGAAUGAGAUCCAUGCACUCAGACCGUGUCGCCCUUUCUCAUAUAACCAGUAACCCAUCCUUGGGUGCGGAGAAGCCUGUAUUUUACAGCAUAAAAGCCUACAUUAGCUUCAUCAAGCCCGAUCAAACCAUGUGGUAUCGAGCUUGUAAGGCAUGUAACAAGAAAGUGACCGAAGCUAUUGGAUCUGGGUACUGGUGUGAAGGUUGCCAGAAGAAUGAUGAUGAGUGUAGUUUAAGAUACAUAAUGGUAGUAAAAGUCUCCGAUGCAAGCGGUGAAGCUUGGAUCUCAGUUUUCAAUGACCAAGCAGAGAAAAUCAUAGGGUGCAGUGCCGACGAGCUUGACAAACUGAAAUCUCAGGGGGGAGAAGGGAAUCCUUUCCAAGAGAAGCUGAAAGAAGCAACAUGGGUACCUCAUCUAUUCAGAGUGAGUGUGACACCGCACGAGUACAUGAACGAGAAAAGGCAGAGGGUAACAGCAAGAGCAGUUGCCCCGCUUGAUUUUGCAGCUGAAUCCAGGUUCUUGUUAGAGGAGAUCUCAAAGGCGAAGGACAAGAACAAACUCUCUCUCGCUCAAUAGCUUCUUCUGCUGCUUUGCCUGCCUUUUAUUUGGUUGCUUGCUUUGUUGAACCAUGGAAUGAAGAAUUCUAUCUUUUAUUAGAAUACUUGGUUUUGUUAGGAAGUGGCAUUUUGGUUCUUCAGGGUAGGUUCCUCACAUCAGUGAUUGUAAUUAUAGACAGACUAGACAAUCAUCAGUACAGGUGGGUAUUUUGCUUCCAGAUCAAAACUAGUCCUCAUUUAGUCUAAAUAUUUCUUAAUUUCUUUGUCAUCCAAGGUCGUAGCAAACACUUGCUUCUAUAAAGUAUAAACACGGACUAAUUAUGUUAAUGGGUGGAUUCUUCUUAGGCUGUUCUACCAUGGGAAAAUAUUCAAUGCAAUAGGAG